GUGGACAAUCAGAACGAAAACAGAAAACCACUACGGUGCAGCAAUGAGCAUAACCAAGGGGGGAGUUCAAUGCCGAAGUGAUUUAAAAGGCGUGCUUAGAUGCAGAGCUGAGGUGCACUUUAAAGUAUGCACCUUGCCUAGGCCCCAGGUGCAGUAGUUCCAAAAGGCUCCAACAAUGGCUUUCCUUGGUAAAGUUGGAAAUUUACUUAAGCAGACAAUAGGCAAGCAAAUCAGUUUGGAAUUGUCACCAUCUACUCCAUCUAUAUUCCAAGCCAUAAGAUGCAUGUCAUCUUCAAAGAUCUUUAUUGGAGGUCUUUCAUAUGGCACAGAUGACCAGAGUCUGAGGGAAGCUUUUACUGCAUAUGGGGAAGUAAUUGAAGCAAGAGUGAUCAUGGAUCGUGAAACUGGUAGAUCCAGGGGCUUUGGAUUUGUUACUUAUACAUCUGGUGAGGAGGCUUCCAGUGCCAUUCAAGCCUUGGAUGGACAGGAACUUCAUGGUCGAAGGGUGAGGGUGAAUUAUGCAGCCGAUAGGGCUGGAGGAUUCCGCAGUGGCGGUGGUGGUUAUGGUGGCGGUGGUAGCUAUGGUGGUGGUGGUUAUGGUGGUGGUGGUUAUGGUGGUGGUGGCAGUUAUGGUGGUGGUGGCAGUUAUGGCGGUGCCGGUAGUGGUGGAUAUGGUGGUGACAACUUUGGCAGCGGAGGUGGCAGCAGUGGUAGUUACAGUAGUGGGGGUUACGGUGGAAGUGGUGCUAGUGGCAGCUAUGGCACUGGUGGUGACGGUGGAAGCUCUGGUGGCUAUGCCAAUGUCAGCGGCAGUGGAAAUUAUGGUGUUGCAGGGAGUGGCGGUGGCAGUGAUAACUAUAUGGGCAGUAGUGUAGGUGGCGAGAACAGCUUUGCAGGUGGUGGAUAUGGUAGUAGCGGCGGAAUGUCAUAUGGUGGUGGAGAUCAAUACACAACUAAUAAUCAAAGCGGCACGGGCGAGAAUUUUAGAGACAACGAUGACAAUGAUGAUGAGCCUGAUGACUAUGCAAAUAAGAGGGCCUGAUGGGUGCUGCUGAGGAAAGAAUUAUUAGCCCUUGGAUUACUGUCAUUAGUCUAACCUGAUUUUUCUUCCAUGUUUCCUUUAAAUUUCUUUUGAUGUUUGUUUUUUUGGACCGCCAAAGUGAAGGCAACUGUUUGAUAAUAUUAAGUUGGCAAAUAACUUGUCAUUACUAUAAUAUAGUUGUUACUAUUCCUUCUAGAUA